AUGUCUUCAAUAUCGAAAAAAGUUUUUUUCUUUUGCACGUUCUCUCUUCUCGUUUUAUUUCUCUUACCUUCUCUUUCUCGCCCUCUUCUCCUUUCCUUUUUUUUCUCACGUUUUCUCUUCCCUCUCCUCUUUCUUUUUCUCUUCAUUUUCUCUUUUUCGUUCCUUUUCUCUUUCUUUUCUCUCUUCUCUUUCUUUUCCUUUUUCUCUUUCCUUUUUCUUUCUCUUUUUUCUUUCCUUUCUCUUCUCUUUCUUUCUUUUCCUUUCUCUUCUCUCUUUCUUUCUUUUCCUUUCUCUUCUCUCUUUCUUUCUUUUCCUUUCUCUUCUCUUUCUUUCUUUUCCUUUCUCUUCUCUUUCUUUCUUUCUUUCUUUCUCUUUUUCUUUCCUUUUCUUUUCUUUCUUUCUUUCUUUCUUUUCUUUUUUUCUCUUUCUUUCUUUCUCUUUCUUUUCCUUUCUCUUUCUCUCUUCUCUUUUCUUUCUUUUUUUCCUUUUCUCUCUUUCUUUUUUUCUUUCUUUCUUCCUUUUUUCUUUUCUUUUCUCUCUCUUUCUUUUUUUCUCUUUCUUUUCUUUCUUUCUCUUUCUCUUUUCUUCUCUUUCUUUUCCUUUCUCUUCUCUUUCUUUUCCUUUCUCUUCUCUUUCUUUUCCUUUCUCUUCUCUUUCUUUCUUUCUUUCUUUUCCUUUCUCUUUUCUUCUCUUUCUUUUCCUUUCUCUUCUCUUUCUUUUCUUUUUCUUUCUCUUCCUUUUUUCUUUCUUUCUUUCUUUUCUUUCUCUUUUCUUCUCUUUCUUUCCCUUUCUCUUCUCUUUCCUUUCUCUUCUCUUUCUUUCUUUUUUUCCUUUCUCUUCUCUUUCUUUUUCCUUUCUCUUUCCUUUUCCUUUUCUUCUCUUUUCUUUCUUUCUUUCUUUUCUUUUCUUUUUUCUUUCUCUUUUCUUUUCCUUUCUCUUUUCUUUUCUUCUCUUUUUUUUUCUUUCUUUUCCUUUCUCUUUUCUUCUCUUUCUUUUCUCUUUCUCUUCUCUUUCUCUCCCUUUCUCUCUCUUUUCUUUCUCUCUUUCUUUCUCUUCUUUCCUUUCUCUUUUCUUCUCUUUCUUUUCCUUUUCUCUCUUUCUUUUCUUUUCUCUUUUUUUCUUUCUUUCUUUCUUUCUUUUCCUUUCUCUUUCUUUUUUUUCUCUUUUUCUUUUUCCUUUCUCUUCUCUUUCUUUUCCUUUCUCUUCUCUUUUCUUUUCUCUCUCUCUUUCUUUCUCUUCUUUCUCUUUCUUUCUUUCUCUUUCUUUUCUUUCUCUUUUUUCUUUUUCUUCUCUUUCUUUCUUUUUCUUUCUCUUUCUUUUCCUUUUUCUUUUCUUUCUCUUUCUUUUCUUUUCUCUCUUUCUUUUCUCUUUCUCUUCUCUUUUCUUUUCCUUUCUCUUUUUCUUUUUCUUUCUCUUUCUUUUUUCUUUCUUUCUUUCUUCUCUUUUUUUUUUUUUUCUUUCCUUUCUCUUCUCUUUUUUUUCUUCUCUUCUCUUUCUUUCUUUCUUUCUUUUCCUUUCUCUUUCUUCUCUUUCUUUCUUUUCCUUUCUCUUUUCUUCUCUUUCUUUCUUUUCCUUUCUCUUCUCUUUCUUUUCCUUUCUCUUCUCUUUCUUUCUUUCUUUCUUUCUUUUCCUUUCUCUUUUCUUCUCUUUCUUUUCCUUUCUCUUCUCUUUCUUUUCCUUUCUCUUCUCUUUCUUUUCCUUUCUCUUCUCUUCUCUUACUUUCUUUUUCACUUAUUUUCUUUCUCUUUUUCGUUUCUUUCUCUUCUCUCGCCUCCUCUUCUAUUCUUUCUCUCUCUCUCUCUCUCUCUCUCUCUACCAAAACAAAUUAGGCUGAUAUGCGAUGAGCGACUAUUUUCUUUUUCUUCAUCUGUGGAAGAAUUGAUUCUAUUUUUAUCUUCGUUUAUACGUUAUAAUUCAUCGUUUCUCUUACUUCUUUCUUUCGUGUUUUCUUUUCUUUUUUCUUUCUUUCUUGAUUUCUUUUCUUUCUUUCUUUUGUGUUUUCCUUUCUUUCUUGAUUUCUUGUCUUUCUUUCGCCAUUUCUUUUCUUUCUUUUGCGUUUUUCUUUCUUUCUUUUGCGUUUUUUUUUCUUUCUUCCUUUCUUUUUACAUUCUUUCUUUCACCUCCUUCAUUCUUUCACCUCCUUCAUUCUUUCACCUCCUUCAUUCUUUCACCUCCUUCAUUCUUUCACGUUUUCUUGUCUGUCUUUCUUUCACGUUUUCCUUCCUUUGCGUUGUUCUUUCUUUCUUUCUUUCUUUCUUUCUUUCUUUCUUUCUUUAG